AAGGCGAGUAACAGAGAGAUCAAAGAAGCUUCUGGAUACAAUACUCACAAAUAUCUCGAACCGUCAUUGAAUCUUAGCCGUUCAUCCCCUAAUUAGGCCAUACAUUGGUGAUUUGUUUAAUUGGGAAGGAAAGCCCAGUGUAUUAAUGGAAGGCCCGUUUCUGGAGAGUUCUUUUGAGAGAGAGUUGUUCAUCUCUCUUCAGACGCUUUCUUCUCUCUCUAAAGUUCCGUGUCUAUACGGCACACAGUGCUUUUAAUUCUUUGAAUUGAAGAAAGAAAAUACAAUCACUUUUUGUAUUAAAGAGAGUUCGUUUGUUGUAGAAAGCUUGAGAUUUGUAUUUAAUUUGUCGACAAGACAGGAAAUAUUGUUGAUCGGUUUUUGGUGGAUAUUGAAGAAUGGAAGACAAAAGCAGUGAUUAUUAUGCAGUUUUGGGGUUGAAGAAGGAAUGCACUGAAACAGAGCUUAGGAAUGCUUACAAGAAGCUUGCACUGAAAUGGCACCCAGAUCGCUGUUCAGCAUCGGGGAAUUCGAAGUUUGUAGAUGAAGCAAAGAAGAAAUUUCAGGCAAUUCAAGAAGCAUAUUCUGUGUUAUCGGAUGCCAACAAAAGGUUUCUGUACGAUGUAGGAGUUUAUGACUCUGGUGAUGAUGAUGACGAAAAUGGCAUGGGUGAUUUCCUGAAUGAAAUGGCAGCUAUGAUGAGCCAAAAUAAGUCCAAUGAAAAUCAGGGAGAAACCUUUGAGGAAUUGCAGGAUAUGUUUGACGAAAUGUUCCACAGUGAUAUUGGGACGUUUUCUUCUUCUUCUCGGACUGGAACUCCUUCAAUGUGUUCUACUUCGUCGUCCACAUCUUCCAGCGAAACCUUUUUUACCUUUUCCAACGGAAGAAGUUCAGGUGAAAUGAAGUCGGCUAGUAGUGUAAAAGGCGAUUCUUGCCAAUUCCAAGGAUUUUGUGUAGGGACAGGCGGAACAUCUAGAAAAUGCAAUGAAAGAGAACGGAGUUGGAAGAAAAUUUCCAAAAGUGGACGGAAGCAAUAGGAGUGGACGAUUAUUUUUAUCCAAGGAUAGGGAAAAUCAAUUGAACUGCAGCUGCUUAGUCCUGGUUUAAUCCAAGCUUUUUUGUGGCUGUUCUUUGUUAUUUAGGAUCAUAGUUGUUGGCAAGGUUCUUUUUCACAGAAAGUAGGAUCUUCUUGGUCAUGUCAACAGAAGUGUAUUGUAAUUCUAUCUAGCUAAAUAUGAUUCGAAAUGUUUUUUUUACCGUA